UUUACAAUAUCUUUGAGCGGGAUAGACGUUCGAGACAACUCCUGUGGGAUCUCCUUAAUAUACGAGAAAAUGGAAAACAUUUGCAUUGACAGUUUAAUCCUGAAACUUCACGAUGUGAACGCGGUGAAGUUUGGAGAGUACAAGACAAAGAGCGGCAUGAUGACACCUAUUUAUAUCGAUCUGAGAGUUCUGGUAUCGCACCCUGCUCUCAUGAAUCAGGUGGCAAGUCUCAUCUACCAGCGAGUGCAAGAAGAGGAGCUACAGUUUGACUCAGUGUGUGGGGUUCCAUACACAGCCCUACCUUUGGCCACAAUUAUCUGCUCUAAACAUGAACUGCCCAUGCUCAUCAGGAGAAAGGAGGCUAAGGACUAUGGAACCAAGCGUGUGGUGGAGGGGUUGUAUCGUGAGGGGGAUCUCUGUCUGAUCAUUGAGGACACAGUGACUACUGGCAGCAGCAUCCUGGAGACUGCUGAAGUGCUCUACAAAGAGAGACUGAAGGUGACAGAUGCCAUUGUACUAAUGGACAGAAAUCAAGGCGGUGUGGAGAUGUUGCAUUCUGUGGGAAUCAAGCUCCAUCCUAUCAUCUCCAUGUCCAAGCUGCUCAAUGUGCUGCAGAAAGGUGACCGCAUCGAUGCCCAAACUGUUCAGAGAGUCCGCAAGUUCAUCAUGGACAACAACACUUUCAGGCCCAAGGAGGAGAAUGGCAAUGGAGUUCCUGCCACCAAGAAGCCAUGUGUGGAGCAGAACCUGCAGCUGAGUUAUGCAGACAGAGCUAAACUUCCAAACAUUCACCCUCUGGCAUCGAAGCUGCUGAAGAUCAUGGACGAUAAGAGGUCUAACCUCUGUGUGUCUGCUGAUGUGACCAGCAGCAAGGAGCUUCUUCAGUUGGCCGACUCUCUAGGUCCCAAGAUCUGCAUGCUGAAGACACAUGUAGACAUCCUCAAGGACUACACAGUGGCCUUCAGCCAGAAACUGCAGGCAUUGGCCGAGAAACACAACUUCCUCAUCUUUGAAGAUCGCAAGUUUGCUGACAUUGGGAACACAGUCAAGCAUCAGUAUGAAGGUGGUUUGUACCAGAUCUCAUCUUGGUCCCACAUAGUGAAUGCUCAUGUGGUGCCGGGGCCCGGGGUGGUGGCGGGUCUGAGUGCUGUAGGAAAGACUCUGGGCCGAGGCUGUUUGCUCAUUGCACAGAUGAGCUCCCAGGGGUCGUUGGCUACUGGUGAAUACACAAAUACUGUGCUGAAGAUGGCAGAGGAUCACUCGGACUUUGUGAUCGGCUUUAUCUGUGUUUCUAAGAUCACCAAGAAGCCAGAGUUCAUCUACAUGACCCCUGGGGUUCAGAUGCAGGCUGGAGGUGAUAUAUUGGGCCAGCAGUACACAACUCCGGAGGAAGUUAUCCACAACCAUGGCUCUGAUGUCAUUAUUGUUGGACGGGGUGUGUUGGAGGCCCCUGAUAGGCUGAAAGCUGCCGAGUCAUACAGAAAGUCAGGCUGGGAUGCUUACACAAAGAGACUGAGCCAGAGUGGGCAAUAAGAGCUCAGGAGUAGCAUCUGCAUCAUUACAUCUAAUUUCAAAUUUAAACUAUCGAUGUAAUGAUGAUCUCUGCAGAGGAACUAGUGGUAAUCAGACACUUUGUGUUCUGAUUCCCUCCUAUUGACCUGACAUCUGAUCCUCUGAGGUAAAUGUUUACAAUUGGAGAUAAACAGCAGCUUCCCUAUGAUAGAUAUUUUUAUAUAAAUAUGUUUUUUCAAUUGUGUGUUCUGCCCUGGGCUGCUAAAAUGUCAGUAUCAAUCAAAUAUAAAUCUAGACGUCAUUCCACCAACAAAGAUGACCAUCUUCCAGCCAGCGUGAAGCCUUUAUUUGUCACAAACCUACAGACUUGUCAUACAAGAGUGGGUGUGGCUAAAACUGUUUAAUUGUAUAAUACUUCUGUUGAAAUUAUGAGUAUAUUUAGCACACAGUGGAGCAUCUUUUGUAUGUUGAGUUGCCCAGUCUGCAUUUUCCACAUCACUGUUCACAAGGUCACACACAUACUAAUUAGUGCAAGACAGUAUCUUUAAUUCCUCUAAAUACUAAAUCAUCUCAACUAGUAACUUUGUUGUGAUGUAUUUCCAUUGAUAAAGUGGAAGUAAAAGGACAAUUAGCUUUUUCACCUAAACUUUGGCCACCUCAUGGAUCCUGUGAGGAAAAGAAAAGAAGAAGGAAACGUACUGGAUUGUUACAAAGAAGUCUGACAUUUCUCUCUCCAUCUUCUCUGGUCUGUGGGACUGUAACAUUACAGCUGUACCCAUCCACACACAAGAAAGGUCUACUGGGAGAAGUAUGCUGUUGGGUCGGUCAAGGUAACAUUCAGUGUAUGCAGUGUAUUGUUUCUUUCCAUGUGCCACAAUUUUUUUUAAACAAAUAAUUAUUUUUGUCAUAUGUUGGAGUGUUUUGUAAAUAUGCAAAUACUAUUUUUUUAUACAUAAAGGCAGUUUGUGUUUUGCCUUUCCACACUGAUCCAUGUUUAAAUCUUUAAUUUGAAUUAAAAUUAUAUUCUGUUUAUCACA